AAGCUGGACAGGCACACAGGCAGUAGAUAACGUACAAUUGCACAAAGGCACUCGCAAAUUCCUUCAGAUUAUGUAAUUUCUGACAUGCAUUCUCUGAAGGGCUGAUCUAAUCCAGAGUUAGAAUUACAGUGCUUGAAUAGCUGGUUUCUGACACAACUGGUUACCCAUAUGUCAGAAGCAAAAGUGAUUGUUUUUUUGACCAAUGGAUUUUUGUAACCGCUUCAACCAUUGCCGUGUAAAACUAGGCUUAGUUAUACUGUCAAUGGCUUCAACCAAUAGCAUUUCACAACGACUAGCGACCCGACUUGGCAAAUGAUUUAACUUCUGCGUGUAACAGUCUGUAGUCUGAAAGUCCAGAAUGGAGUAACUCUGCCAGGCACUAGCUGAGCAAACAGCUGAAUUUAAAUAACAGACUAAGUUGGGGAGUUAAUAUGUAUUGGAAAACACGCAAGUCCAAUUAAUAUUUCACGUGCUGCAAUGAGAUAAGAUAUAGUGGGCGUUAUCAUCUGUCUUUGGAUAACAUCAAGGGUUAUGACUGAGCUAUAAUCUUACUUAUCUAUGCCAAGAUAAUAAUUAGCAUUACAUGUUUUCGUUAUCUCUCAAGUAUAUUGAAUGGCGACUGUAUGAUAUUGCUUUACGGAUUAGGCAGUUCUAGUUGUAAACCAGAUGGAACUUCACAUGUUCAGAUCAUGUACUCUCAAUGGUUCAGAUGCUAUUUUACUUUAGGAGUAACCUUAGAGUAGAGCUACUACAGGUACUUGUUAGUUACAGGCCAACAUUACAAGAAGUUCGAGGGGCGGUGGUGGUUCUGGCAAUGGCUAGGCUAUUAUUGGCAAAGGCAGUCCUCAUGCUAAAAAUAAUAGCACUCACAUGCUAACAUAACUACACAGUAGCCGUUCUAUAUGUGAUAUUGCAAUGCCAAUUCAAAAUAAUCUCAGAAUAGCAUGGGUUAGUUGAAACAGAUCAUUAAUUCUAGAUCCGUCAGUAUUUUAAGGGGUUGAAAACCUUCACCUGCCUCACCUAAAUCGAAACAAACACUGAUAGUUAUUAGCUAGCGACGGCUGUGCAUUGAAAUUGAUUGCUAAUACCAAUGCGUUAACCAAUGCACUGUCCAGUAUGUGACAAAUUCCGGACACGUGUGUAGAGUAAAACAUGUAGACGAUCUUCAAAAUGUCUAUACUUCAGCCUUGUGUAACAGAAUGAGAAAAUUAGUGUCUCGACUCCGUUGUUUUCAAGUCACGUAGCUAAGGAGUAGCAGUGAUCUCUGGUAGCAGCACGUACUCACAAGCUAACCUAGAAAAUGGAUUCGUGGUCCGUCCUACGCUAUGCAAUGGCUCAAGUGGGGAAAACCACGACAACGUUUAACACAACAGUUGAUCAACGCAUUAGCAUCUGCAGUAGUCCAGCUGCUUGUCGGCCCUGAAAAGAGAGGUGGAGGUUUAAGAUGGGAGGCCCACAGCUGUGGAGUUGUAUGCUUGGUGACGGAUCAAAGUGUACACUCUGUAUACAUACGCCUUUACUGUGUCAAGAGAGCUAAGUUGCUAUGGGAACAGGAGCUCUACACCCACUUCAGGUACUCUGCCCCACGUCCAUAUUUCCACAGCUUCCUGGGCGAUGACCGUGCUGUCGGGCUUAACUUUACUGAUGAAGAGGAGGCUGAGAAGUUUCUGUCAGCUGUUCAAAAACACAUCGACAGCUACAAAGGCCGACCUCAGACGCUGCAGCGGACGUACAGUGUGGACUCUACAUCAGGCCGUCUGCUAUGGGACAGGAGGGCACAAUGGGAGAGAAGUGCACUCAACUCACCAACUGAACUAAAGUCAGGACCACCAUCACCUGUGUCACCUGAGAGGAGAUGGGCAGUCAACCCACCUCUAGAUCGCUCCGCCGGGCAGUCGUCUGACAAACCGGACCCCACCCAGUCCAACCCAUCUCCAGAUCCUUCAGCCAAACAGGAGCCCACCCAGCCCAACCCCCCUACAGGCCCUCCACAGACCUUACCCAGACCCAAGAGAGUGGUUAUUCCCCUGGCGCUAAAGAAAGGACCACUACCUCCAGUGCCAGUCCAUGCAGGGGCAGGUGGUGGACGAGAACGAGCCCAGAGCUUGAUCCCACAGAUCGCCGUUCCCUCCUUACCCUUUGCUGUUCCACCUCCACCCUCCUUUCCAGCGCCCAAGAGGCCGGAUCUCCUGCCAGACCUUGGCGGUCCCCCCAGAGCCCGCACUCUGAGCGGACGGGAUUUCCCUUGGUGAAACAAUGUGGUGGGCGCUACAAUGUUGUGAAUCAACUUGAACACUUCACCUGAUAUGACCUGAUCAAUUACGUAGAAAUGUAAAAGUUGGUAAACAUCACUAAAAAUAAAAUCCAAGUGUAUAUCAUACCAUAUUUUUACUACAGUAGGCUCAUGGUUCAUAAUCU